AUGCCUCCUGUUGUACCGCGCAAGAGAUUGCGCGAGUCAUCGCCUUCGGGAGAGUCGAGACCAUCAAAAUCGGCAAGAAGCAAGGAUGGCUCAUCUCGGCGCAAAGCAACCCUAUAUGACGACCUAGAUGCGACUUCGACACCUCUUUCGUCAAAGAAUUCGAACUCGGUUCUGCACGGUUUUGCAGAUAAUGGUAGCGAUGAUGAUGAAAGCUCUUUGACGUCACUUUCGGAUGAUGAAUUCGAGGAUGUAGUUCCACCGAAGGAUCCGGAAGACAAAGACGAGGAGGACUCCACAGAUGAGGACAUCGAGUUCGAGGAUGUCGAGGCACCAGCUGCACCGGCGCCAGAUGCUCCAGUUCCAUCUGGCGAUUUGGAGUUGACUCUUACUAGAGAUACUCGGAUCUCACUGACGAAUGCCUUUGACAAGAAGGGACCAUCAAAACGAGAGAGAAAGGUCCGACAUGCUACGCAUUGCGUCCAUGUCUUAUUACUGCUAUGGCACAACGCCAUCCGGAACUCUUGGCUCUGCGACCCUGAAGUCCAGGCUACUAUGAUUUCUCAUCUCCCACCCAAGUUAUGGGAUGAGGUGGACCGAUGGAGGCGCAACAGCGGUCUUGAGAAGCCACCUCCCAAGAAGAUGACCAAGGAAACUCCCAAAACAAAAGAAAAGGGCAAGAAAGCUCAAGAAAGACAGUCACGACAUUGGGGUGCUGAGGCACAGAAACUUGAAGAAGGGGCCGUCGACAUGAGCCAUGGAGAUCCUCUCUUUCGACUUAUGCGGGUACUGACAUCUUGGUGGAGGCAGAGAUUCCGUGUAUCAGCACCAGGCCUGAGGAAAUGGGGAUACAUGUCUCUUGAGCGGUUGGACCGGCUUACCAAGGCUCACAAGGCUGAGCCUCAUGAUCCCGAGCAGUUUGGAGAGAAGAUAGAAGACCUGGAGGGUUUUCGGGAAUGCGCUCGAGCUUGUACGGGAAGCCGAGACGUUGGAGCUCAGCUUUUCACUGCCCUCCUCAGGGGAUUGGGAUUGGAAGCACGAAUGGUUGCGAACCUCCCUACUCUUGGGUUUGGCUGGAAUAAGCUUGAAGAUGCCGAGCCUGAGAAGGACGACAAAUUGGGUCAGAAGAAGUCGAAAGCAAGCAAGAAGAAAGGAGCAAAGGAUGCGAGCGAGACGAAGCCAACUACGAAAGCGACAAGCAAGCAAGCAAAGAAACCGGCCAGAAAGACAAAGUCCAAAACAGAAAUCGUGAGUGAUUCUGAUGAGCUGGAGCUUGAGUACAAGGACACCGACGACGAAUCAGUGGUUGAGCUGGAAACCACACCCCGAAAUAUACCUGUUCCUACGAAACAGUAUGACCGAGAUAUGGACUAUCCUCACUACUGGACAGAAGUCCUCUCCCCUGUCACUAACACAUACCUGCCCGUUGAUGCUAUAGCCAGGAACAUUGUCGCCACAAGCAGGGGCCUCAUCGAGUCGCUGGAGCCCCGUGGAGCCAAAGCCGACAAGGCUCGCCAGAUCAUGGCAUACAUCAUUGGAUACUCCCAAGAUGGAACAGCCAAGGAUGUUACCGUCAGAUACCUCAAGCGGAAUGUACUUCCAGGGCGUACCAAGGGGGUGAGAAUGGCGCCAGAGAAGGUCCCGAUUUACAACCGCCACGGAAAGGUGAAGCGAUACGAAAAGUUUGACUGGUUCAAGACUGCAAUAUCUGGAUACCGUCGCGGUACCAAGAGACACCCAAUCACAGAAGUCGACGAGAUGGAAGACGCCGCAGACCUGAAGAUCGCUAAGCCAGAGAAGAAGGAAGUCAAGGAGGGCAAGGAGACACUGCAAUACUACAAGCAGUCCAAGGAAUUUGUCCUUGCACGACAUUUAAAACGCGAGGAGGCUCUCAAAGCUGGGGCUAAGCCAGUCAAGAUCUUCAAGAGCAAGGGCAAGGGCGGCAAGGUCGAAGACGAAGAUGUCUUUCUUCGCAGCGACGUCCUGAAUGUGAAGAGCGCCGAGACAUGGCACAAGCAGGGCAGGGCGCCAAUUGCUGGAGAACAGCCUCUCAAGAGAGUACCAUACCGCGCGGCAACCACCAAUCGUCGCCGCGAAAUCAUGGAGGCGGAGGCUGCCACAGGAGAAAAGGUUCUACAAGGACUCUACAGCCGCGAACAAACCGACUGGAUCAUUCCGCCGCCAAUAAAGGACGGCAUUAUUCCCAAGAACGAAUAUGGGAACAUCGACUUGUUUGCUGAGCACAUGUGUCCACAGGGGGCAGCACACGUACCUUACCGCGGCGCAAUGCGUGUUUGCAAAAGACUUCAGAUCGACUACGCUGAGGCAGUUGUUGACUUUGAAUUUGGGAACCGAAUGGCUGUCCCCGUCAUCCAAGGCGUCGUCAUUGCCGAAGAGCAUCUCGAAACGGUUAUGGUAGAGCUCGAGAAAGACGAAGCGGAACGCGUACGAAAGGAAGAUGAGAAGCGGAGAAAGGCAGCAUUGUCCCAAUGGCGUAGAUUUCUCAUGGGGAUGCGUAUUGCGGAGAGGAUUCGACAAGAGUACGGAGAGAUCGACGACCAAGUCUCAGUGUUUGGGCAUGCUAGGGAUGCAACAAGCACGAGGAAGCAACCCCACGUUCAUGAUGAAGAAAUGGCUGGUGGCUUCCUGCCAGAAGGUUAUGAAGAGGAAGAGGAAGAGGUCGAGGAGCCAGCGCAUCAUACCUCUGCUUUCUUUCCUGCUGUGGAUGAAGAUGAUGAGGAGGAUGGUGGGUUGGUGAUGGAGGUUGAUGGGCCGUCAGAGGCCGAGGUAGAAUCUGAGGCAGAAUCUGAGCCGCCUCAACCAGUCCGGAGGUCUCGGGGGCGGCCAAGGAAACAGGUUGAGAAGAAGCAGGUCUCUUCUGGGCCGGCAACUCGACGGUCGACGCGGAGUGGGCGUAAUGUAGUUUCGUAUAAUGAAGAGGGCGAGGACGAGGUCGAUGAUGACGAAGUCGCAGAUUCGUAUGCUGAAUCUGAGGACGAUGAAUAG